AUGGCUGAAAUGCUUGCCGUUUACAAGCUGAUAUUCGAUGGACAGCACUUCCCGAAAAAAAAAAUAAAAUGUGAGGAAACUGUAGCAGAAAUAAUAGCAGAACUAACUGCCUUGAAUGACACGCUUCUCCCCGGAGGUCACACCUGUGACACAGAGGCUGAGAAAUCUAGUGAGGAAAGAAGGAAAAGCGGACAACGAAAUAGCCAAAUGUCACAAUGCAAACCGCAGUAA